AGAAAAAUGACAUUCAAUUUCAAUUCUUUACUUCUUGUGACUCUUUCAACUGUAGUAGUUGCUUCAAUCUUGGGCCCUGUUUUUGCAACAAAUGAUGAUCGAAAGUUACUGGAUUCGUUUGGACGUGUAUUGAAUAGUUUAGCUCCUUCCCUGUCACAUGGUGGUUGGCAACCCAUAGAUGAUACAGAAGAUUCUAAAGUGGUGGAUGUUGCAGAAUUUGCAGUAAGUGCGGAAAACGGCAUAGUAAAACGUCGAGAAUUUGAAUUUCUAAGAGUGGAGGAUGGAAAAUUUCGAAUUGAUAAUAAUGGCAUCACUUAUCAAUUGGAUAUUCUUGCCACAAAAUUCUCUGAAUUAAAUGAAUAUUCAGUGGUUGUUCUUGAAAAUUCUAAGGACCAUGUUAGAAAACUCAUUUCCUGGGAUUAAUCUUUUGCUUAAAACUUAAGUGUAUGAGCAUUUAGAAGUGCCAAUUAAUUACCCGAUAUAUUUUUGCAUAAACAA